CCCCAAAAUCAUCGCUCUAGAAAACCCUAAAAAAGCUUUCAGAUCUUUUCCUCUUCUCAAUUUGUGAAUUUAUGGACCACUGUUGUAGCCGGCGAAGCUGAUCCCUAUUUAUCGCUUUAUGGAUUCCGACUCGGCGAAAGCUUCCGUUGAGUCGAUGCGUGAUGACCCUAAAUGUAUUCACGUUUCGAACGACCCUAAUCUCGCAGGAACGUGCGGCGAAUCUUCCGUUGCCGCCGAGGAAGGCGGCGGGUGCGAUGGAGCUACGGGUGCGAAAGGAAUUGAUGCGGUUGACACCGCCGCUGCGGUUUUGAAUCCCGUCGCUGAGAUGAGUGGUGUGGUUGAUGCCGUUGUUUCCGCAGACCUGUCUCCGGUGGCCGCGGAGGGAGGCGGAGAAGAGGAUGCGAGUUUCAUUGCUCAGGAGUGCGGUUCCUUGGAUUUGGUUGGUGGUGGCGCUGCGGUGGAGGUGGUUUCUCCGGUGGUUGGUGAAGGAGGAGAAGAGGACCGCGCGGCUGAGCAGAGUGACUCAGCAGCUAAUUUGUUAGGGUUAGGUUGUGAAAAGGUUUCGAUUUCAGGAGACAAUCUCGAGGAAAGCAAAGAAGAAGAGCCUUCAGCUUCUGAGGUAAACGGAGAUGAUUCUCUGAGAGAGGGAAGCCAAGAGGUAGUUUGUGGAGGUAUGGCCGAUGAGAAGAGUAGUCAGGCGAUAGAGAGUAAGCUUGAUGUCAUGGAGGAGGACACUGCAGCUCAAGCUGCCUCCUUGGAAGAUAUAGUUAGUGUUGACAUAGAUAUUCCCGAUGUUAAAGAUGUAGCUAGCGUGGCUGGUUUUACUGAAAUUUCAUCUCAAGAUAAAGGUUUAGGCGAUUCAGUUCCUUUAGAGCAAGAGCCAUUAAAAGAGUUGCAAAUUGUUGAAGAAGCUAAAGAUCUGACAGAUGGAGAUGCAAAAGAAGACAUGGAUGUCGCAGAAGGUGCUAUGGGUAAUCUGAUGACCGAGGAGGAAGAAAAGCCUGAUGAUAUUACUGUGUUGGAGAUCAAAACUAAGCCCCAAGAUGUGGAUGAUGUGGCUAAUGAGGGUUCAGAAAAAAAUGAGACUCGAGUGGGUGAAUCGUCUGUAGAUAAGGAAACUGUUAUGGAUGAUGUCAAAGAAGAUGUUGAGAAGGACCCAGAAGCUGGUAAAUCAGUGGACAUGCAUGUACCAGAGUCUGCAGAAGAAGUGGAAACAUAUGUUAAAUAUGGUGAUGGGAUAGAGGAAGAAGGUGAAGGAAUGGCUUGUGUAGGUGAAGCAGAACAGACAGUUGAUUUGGAGGAAACCCAAAAACUAUCUGAGGAACUGGCUAAAGUAGACGAAACAAAGAUUGCUGAAGCAUCUGAAGAAAUAGGGACAGUGAUCAGACAUGGGGAUGACAUGACUGAUAUGACGGAAGAUGUGAAAAUCCAUGGAAACUCCUCGGUAGCUGAUAUUGAGGGCGGGAGGGAAGAUCUUGAAGAGAUGGGAGUAACAGAAGCACUGGAGGAGACUGUUAUGGAUAAAGUGGAGGGAACAAAAAUUGCUGAAGUCUCAGAAGAAACAGAAACAAGGAUCGAAGAUGAGGAUCAGGAAAAGGAUGAUGACAUGACUGAUGUGAAAACGCAUGCAGACUCCUUGGUGGCUGAUAUUGAGGAGGGGAAGGAAAUUCAGGAAGAGAUGGGAUUAGCAGAUAUGACAGAGACACAGGAGGAGACUGUUGAGGGUAAAGCAGUCAGAACAAAAGUUGCUGAAGCAUCAGAAGAAACAGAGACAAGGUCCGUAGAUGUGGAUCAGGAGAAAGAUGAAAACAUGAUGGAUGUGAAAACUCUUGGAGACUCAUCGGUAGCUGAUACUGAGGAGGAGAAGAAAAGACAGGAGGAGAUGGGAAUGGCAGAAAUGACAGAGACACAAGAGGAGACUGUUGAGGGUAAAGUAGACGGAACAAAAGCUUCUGAACUGUCAGAAGAAACAGAGGCAAGGACCGAAGAUGAGGAUGAGGAGAAAGAUGAAAACAUGACUGAUGCGGAAACGCAUGUAGACUCCUCAUUAGCUGAUAUAGAGGAGGGGAAGGAAAGUCAGGAAGAGAUAGAAAUGACAGAACUAUCAGCGACACAGGAUGAGAGUGUAACGGCUGAGACGGGGGAUGAAGAUGCAGAGGACGUCGAGGAAGAAAAUAAGGGUGUUGGAGGAAAGAGGAAGCGGGUGAGAAAUACAAAGACAGGAAAGAAAAAAGAGGAAGAUGUUUGUUUCAUAUGCUUUGAUGGGGGUGACCUUGUCCUUUGUGACCGCAGGGGAUGCCCAAAAGCUUACCACCCUUCCUGUGUAAAUCAAGACGAGGAUUUUUUCCGGUCAAAGGGUAAAUGGAACUGUGGAUGGCACCAGUGUAGCAAAUGUGAGAAAACUGCGACAUACUUGUGCUACACAUGUGUGUUUUCAUUAUGCAAGGGCUGCGCCAAGGAUGCUGUCUUUUUUUGCAUAAGAGGUAAUAAGGGUUUCUGUGAAACAUGCAUGGAGACAAUCAAGUUGAUAGAAAGAGAGGAGCAGGAAAAGAAGGAGCCGGCGCAGUUGGAUUUUGACGACAAGACCAGCUGGGAAUCUCUCUUCAAGGAUUACUGGAUUGAUUUGAAAACGCAGCUAUCUAUAAGUCCAGAGGAACUUGAUCAGGCUAAGAGCCCACAGAAAGGAAAUAAGUCUAAUGCUGGUAAACAGGGAACAGCCAGGGAGAUUGACUAUGGAACUGAUGAAGGAUCAGAUUCGGAUAGUUCUCCCAAAAAGAGGAAGACCAGAAGUCGAUCGAAGUCUGGUUCUGCGGAGAAAAACCAAUCUCCAGCUAAUAAAAGCUCGUCAGGUGAAACGUGGGCUUCCAAGGAACUUUUGGAUGUUGUCGCUCACAUGAGACGUGGUGACAGAUCUUUCUUACCUUCCACAGAAGUACACGCGCUCCUGCUGGAUUAUAUAAAAAAAUAUAAUCUUCGUGAUCCCCGUCGUAAAAGCCAAGUUGUUUGUGACUCCAGGCUUAAGAAUUUGUUCGGGAAAUCUCAUGUUGGGCACUUUGAGAUGUUAAAUAUCCUUGAUACCCAUUUCCUUGAUAAAGAGCAGCAGCAGGCAGAUAAUAUUCAAGGUAGCAUUGUUGAUACAGACCCUGACUAUGUGGAUCUUGAUGAAAACGUGGACCAUCCAGUGAAAAGUGCGAAGGAUAAGAAACGUAAAACACGUAAAAAGGGUGCAAGGAAAGGGCGUCAAUCCAAUCUUGAUGAUUUUGCCGCUGUUGAUAUGCACAACAUCAAUUUGAUAUACUUGAGGCGGAGCUUGGUGGAAGAUCUACUUGAAGAUUCUACAGCGUUCGAAGAAAAAGUAGCUAGUGCAUUUGUUAGGUUAAGGAUAUCUGGAAAUCAAAAGCAAGAUUUAUAUCGACUGGUUCAAGUUGUUGGCACAAGCAAAGCUCCUGAACCCUAUAAAGUUGGCAAAAAAACAACAGACUAUGUACUUGAGAUAUUAAACUUGGACAAAACAGAAGUGAUAUCCAUCGACAUUAUAUCAAAUCAAGAUUUCACUGAGGAUGAAUGCAAUCGUCUAAGGCAGAGCAUAAAAUGUGGAUUAAUCAACAGGCUGACAGUGGGUGAUAUACAAGAAAAGGCCAUAGCGCUGCAGGAAGUGAGGGUAAAAAACUUGUUGGACGCAGAGAUCCUACGUUUCAGUCAUUUGCGUGAUCGUGCUAGCGACAUGGGCCACAGAAAAGAGCUGCGAGAAUGUGUUGAGAAAGUGCAACUGCUGAAGUCUCCAGAGGAACGGCAGCGUAGGCUAGAAGAAAUUCCAGAAAUACAUGCUGAUCCCAAGAUGGACCCAGAUUAUGAGUCCGAAGACGAAGAUGAAAAAGAAGAAAAAGAAAAAGAGAAAAGUCUGAGGAGACGAAGUAGUAGCUUCAACAGAAGAGGAAGAGACCCGAUAUCUCCACGAAAGGGAGGAUUUAGUUCCAAUGAAUCAUGGACUGGCACAAGUAACUACUCAAGCACAAGUGCAAAUCGUGAGUUAAGCAGAAGUUACUCUGGUAGAGGCUCUAAUGGAAGAGGGGAUUAUCUUGGUAGUUCUGACGACAAGGUUAGUGAUAGUCUGUGGAAUUCAGGUAGAGAAAGAGAAAAAGACAUGCAACAAUAUUUAGGCACUGAGAAGCCGAGAACUGUUUCUCUCCCCGAACCUCCUCCCAGAAGUUCCCGUGCUGUUGCGCCACCAGAAUUGUCUCCUAGAAUUGCCCCCGUAAUCUCAACGCCACCUCCUCCUGUUGUUCCGCAGCCUGCUCCCAAGUCAAAUGAGUCAGAGAAAAUGUGGCAUUACAAGGACCCAUCUGGUAAAGUUCAAGGGCCUUUUUCAAUGGCGCAGCUCCGUAAGUGGAACAACACUGGGUACUUCCCUGCUAAGUUGGAAAUCUGGAAAGCCAACGAGUCAUCGUUGGACUCUGUUCUCCUGACUGAUGCAUUGGCUGGGCUGUUUCAGAAGCAAGGCCAGUCGGUGGAUAAUAGCUACACGAAAGCUUAUUCUGGUCAAUCAAGCCAAUCUGAACCCAAUAUAGGUUCUUCUGCUAGGACCGCUCCAUCAGUCCUUGACAUUCCCAAGAAUUCUCAGGAUACUUGGAGUUCAGGUGGAAGCCUUCCAUCGCCUACUCCGACUCAAAUGACAACCCCAACGGCAAAAAGGAGAAGUUUUGAGAGCAGAUGGUCUCCAACCAAGCCUUCUGCGCAGUCAGCUGUUCAGUCGAUGAGUUUUCCUUCAGCACAAUCUGUCCCGAGUCAAGCUUCAAGGACAGAUAUCCCUGUGGUUGUAAACACUGCUAGUGCAUUGCAGCCUGGAACCCACCCAAUUCCAACACCAGAUCGGGCUAACGUUUCUGUUAAUCACUAUGGUUCUUCUGGUCCUCUUCCAUCUCCAACACCGGUAGGCGGAAUGCAAAGCUGGGGUAACAUGCAGACGGAUAAAUUUGAUUUACAUGGUCGUGGUAGAGGUGAUGCUCCAUUUUCUUCUCAGAAUAGUUCUGCGUCUUAUGGCACCACAACUCCAAGUGCUCUCACCUCGCAAAGUCAACCAGGGUUUCCAGCAUCUGAUCCAUGGAGAGCUCCCGUUCCAAGCCAAUCAAAUACUCAGACUCAGGCACCAGCAUGGGCUAUGAACACCAGUCAAAACUCAGGACAACCUCAGGCUCCAACAAACCAAAACAGCAGCUGGGGUCAAGCGACUGUUGUAAAUCCAAACAUGGGAUGGGCUGGUCCUCCUCAAGCUGGAAUGAGCGUAAACUGGGCUGCAUCUUCGGUUCCACCAACUGGUCAGGGAAUGCCUAAUCCUGGAUGGGGCGGGCCCGCCCAAGUACAACAACCACAAGCUUAUCCAAACUCCGGGUGGGGUGUAACAGGUCAAGCUCAAUCCCAAGCCCAAGUUCAAGCUCCAGGGAGUAGUACAAGCUCUGGAUGGAUGCAGACAGGUCAAGGGAUGCAGUCUGGGAACAGUAAUCAAAACUGGGGAACUCAAAACCAGACAGCAAUGCCAAGCGGUGGCUCAGGAGGGAACCAAACUGGUUACUGGGGAAACCAACAGAACCAGAAUGGAGAUUCUGGGUAUGGUUGGAAUAGGCAGUCAAGUGGAAGUGGUGGGCAUAAUAACAACUUCAAAGGGCAAAGAGUAUGCAAGUUUCAUCGAGAAAAUGGAAAUUGCAGGAAAGGAGCAGCCUGCACUUACCUCCACAACUAAACCAGCUUUUCUCAAUCUCCUUCUGUUUUUGGGUGAUGUUUGCUGCAUCCUAAAAAGCAGUUUUAGGCGUUUUAGACACACUAUGCACAAGAGUCUUUUGUUGAGAGCCUUUCACUCAGAAUUAGCUUGACAUGUUUCUUUGUUUUUGGGGUUUAAGGGCUUAGUACUGAAAUGUCGUGGUGGUGAAUAUGGUGGUAGAGAAUAUCCCUCUUGCAUAUAGUAUUUGCUAGACCAACUAUAUGUUUUCUAUCAGUAAACCUCUCUUUAGGAAAGUCUUAAUUCACCCCCA